AGCGGCGGGUCCCGGCUGGACAGGUCUUCUCUCUCAGUUGAAAUGUCUAUGAUUUUAUCUGCCUCAGUCCUUCGUGUCAGAGAUGGGCUGCCACUUUCUGCUUCUACUGAUUAUGAACAAAAUACAGGAGUGCAAGAGUGCAGAAAGUAUUUUAAAAUGCUCUCGAGGAAACUUGCUCAGCUUCCUGAUAGAUGUACACUGAAAACUGGACAUUAUAAUAUUAAUUUUAUUAGCUCUCUGGGAGUGAGCUACAUGAUGUUGUGCACUGAAAAUUACCCAAAUGUUCUGGCCUUCUCUUUCCUGGAUGAGCUUCAGAAGGAGUUCAUUACUACUUAUAACAUGAUGAAGACAAAUACUGCUGUCAGACCAUACUGUUUCAUUGAAUUUGAUAACUUCAUUCAGAGGACCAAGCAGCGGUACAAUAAUCCCAGGUCUCUUUCAACAAAAAUAAAUCUGUCUGAUAUGCAGACAGAAAUCAAACUGAGGCCUCCUUAUCAAAUUCCCAUGUGUGAACUGGGGUCAGCCAAUGGAGUCACAUCUGCAUUGUCUGUUGACUAUAAAGGUGCUGGGAAGAUUUCUUCUGCUCAUCAGCGACUGGAACCUGCAACUCUGUCCGGAAUUGUGGCAUUUAUCCUUAGCCUUUUAUGUGGGGCUCUGAAUUUAAUUCGAGGUUUUCAUGCUAUAGAGAGUCUCCUGCAGAGUGAUGGUGAGGAUUUUAAUUACAUCAUUGCGUUUUUUCUUGGAACAUCAGCAUGUCUUUACCAGUGUUAUUUGCUUGUCUACUACACUGGCUGGCGGAAUGUCAAGUCCUUUUUGACUUUGGGUUUAAUCUGUCUGUGCAAUAUGUAUCUUUAUGAACUACGCAACCUCUGGCAGCUUUUCUUUCAUGUGACUGUGGGAGCAUUUGUCACACUGCAGAUCUGGCUGAGGCAAGCCCAGGGCAAGGCUCCUGAUUAUGAUGUCUGACACCAUUCUUCAGAUGAAUUGCCUUGACGUUAGGAGACAAAAGAGGGAGCCUAUCUUAACUGCCACUGUGAUGAAGAAACUGCUCACCACAGACAAGAAGCUCUGCUUUCUUUUCUCUCCUGCCUUCUUUUGUUUUAAAUCAGCAUGGCAUGCCUGUGAACAUGCAAAACCUGCCAGGCAAACUCCUCUCAGAAGACUGUUGGCUGCAAGCUCAUCAUUCAGGAGGCUUCUCUCUGAACCACCAAAACGUGGAAGAACAAUCAGACGCCACUAGAAGACUUGGCCAGCAGUCUUGAAUCCUUGCUGAAGGGGUUCAGGCACAGUAUACAUGUGAUCCUUGCUCUGAAGACCAAGCAGGAACUGUACAACAUGGUUUGCCUUUGUGAGGCAUUAGUAUAGACCAAAUAAAAAGAUGGUGCAGUCAAUUGGAAAG